AUGACAAAAACAAACGCAUAUCAAGAAAUCACCAAUGGCAUUUAUCCAUUAGCAGAUGAUUUACAUUCUGUGUUAACUUUACUUGAUGAUCUAUUAAAGCGUGGUGCAAUGGGUUCACCAUUUACUAUGGUUUUAGCAAAUAUUUAUAUGUUAGAAUGGGAGCAAAAAUUAAUUCAACACCAAACUAGACAUCAUGAAAUUUAUGGACGAUAUAUUGACGACGUAUUUAUGACAACUAAUUUAUCCAAAGAAGAUAUUCUGAAAGAACUUGAUGAAACCAUUAAAACAGAUUCAAAUGUUAAAAUUAGUAUUACUAUCAGUCAAUCAUUAGAAUAUCUUGAUGUUACUAUUGAAAAUAAUAAUGAAGAUUUAAAAAUAUCUAUUUAUCAUAAAUCAGCUUCAGAACCCUAUAUUCUAUCUUAUGAAUCUGAUCAUCCAAGACACAUUCAUGCAAAUAUAAUUUAUACUGCAUUAGUGCAAGCUGCACGUAGCUGUUCCAAUAUGGAAGAUUUUGAUAUGGAACGAUUAAGUACAGAAAUGAUAUUACUAAUUACGAUUAUCGACCAAAAUUUAUACAACAUCAUAUAA